AAGGAAGAGGGAUCGGAGAGAUAAGAAAAAGAAAGAAAUAGUAUACUAAACUCUAAUAGAUAUACAACACUCCCUCUUGAUCUUUAGGACUUUGAACUCGGGCACCCACUUACAUUAAAUGAAGAAAUUAAGGCUGUUGAAAAGUCUCAACCACACAAACAUCAAUUAGGUGCUAGCAUUAAGUGAUUUCCACCCACCUCAUGUAUGAUCAAUUUGGUAUAUAUAAAUAUGUAGACAUAGCGGUGAUGGUAGCAUCAAUAACACAAUAAUAUUCAAAAUAUAGCAUAUAGUAAUUUUAAUCUAAGAUUGGGGCAUGGCUAAUGAACGUGAUCUCUUCUCAGCAGAGAUUGUGAACCGAGGGAUUGAAUCAUCAGGACCCAACGCGGGUUCAUUGACGUUCUCUGUGAGGGUGAGAAGGAGGCUGCCAGAUUUUCUUCAAUCGGUGAAUCUCAAGUACGUGAAAUUGGGUUACCAUUAUCUGAUAAACCAUGGCAUAUACUUGUUCACCAUACCCGUUCUUCUUGUGGUGUUUAGUGCUGAGGUUGGUAGCCUCAGCAAAGAGGACCUUUGGAAGAAGCUCUGGGAAGAUGCACGUUACGAUCUUGCCACCGUACUCUCUUCUUUUGGUGUCUUCGUUUUCACCUUAUCCGUUUACUUCAUGUCAAGGCCACGUCCCAUUUACCUCAUUGAUUUUGCAUGUUAUAAGCCCGAAGAUGAACUCAAGGUGUCAAGGGAACAAUUCAUGGAACUAGCAAGGAAAUCAGGCAAGUUUGAUGAAGGGAGCCUCGAAUUCCAAAAGAGGAUGCUAAUGUCUUCAGGUAUAGGGGACGAGACAUACAUCCCAAAAUCAGUGGUAGCAUCAACCGAAAACACCGCAACAAUGAAAGAAGGUCGUGCUGAAGCAUCCAUGGUAAUGUUCGGAGCACUUGAUGAGUUGUUCGAGAAAAACCGUGUUCGACCAAAGGACGUGGGCAUUCUAGUAGUGAAUUGCAGCAUCUUCAACCCAACACCAUCGUUGUCAGCAAUGAUCAUAAACCACUACAAGAUGAGAGGGAACAUAUUGAGCUACAACCUUGGUGGCAUGGGUUGUAGUGCGGGAAUCAUAGGUGUGGAUUUGGCAAGGGACAUUCUUCAAGCUAACCCUAAUAACUAUGCGGUUGUUGUGAGCACUGAGAUGGUGGCAUUCAAUUGGUACCAAGGAAAAGAGAGGUCUAUGCUCAUUCCUAAUUGUUACUUUCGGAUGGGUUGUUCUGCUGUUUUGCUUUCAAACCGUCGUCGUGAUUAUAGCCGCGCUAAGUACCGUCUUGAGCAUAUUGUUCGUACCCAUAAAGGUGCUGAUGAUCGCAGCUUCAGGUGUGUGUACCAAGAAGAAGAUGAUCAAAAGCUCAAGGGACUAAAGAUUAGCAAGGACUUAAUUGAAAUUGGUGGUGAUGCUUUGAAAACAAACAUCACUACACUAGGACCCUUGGUGCUACCCUUUUCUGAGCAGCUUCUCUUCUUUGCCACCUUGGUGUGGAGGCACUUAUUUGGCAAUAAAUCUGAUGGGAAUUCACCAUCAUUGAAGAAGCCAUACAUUCCUGACUACAAACUAGCUUUUGAGCAUUUUUGUGUGCAUGCUGCAAGCAAGGCCAUUCUCGAUGAGCUACAAAGGAACCUGGAAUUGAGUGACAAGAACAUGGAGGCAUCAAGAAUGACAUUGCACCGCUUUGGCAACACAUCUAGCAGCAGCAUUUGGUAUGAGUUGGCUUACAUGGAAGCAAAGGAGAGUGUUAAAAGAGGAGACCGUGUUUGGCAACUAGCUUUUGGAUCAGGCUUCAAGUGUAACAGUGUGGUUUGGCGUUCCAUGAAAAGAAUCCCCAAGCCUUCUAGGAACCCUUGGCUUGAUUGCAUCAACAGAUAUCCCGAGUCUCUCAACUAAGUCAAAAUUUGAGAGAGAUAUUAUUAAUCUAUCAGUGAUAUUAUAUCAUAUGAAAGUUAUGCUAAUUAGGAUAAAUAAUGGUAGUUCUUCUAAGUUGGUCUUUGAAUUUUACCCCUGGUUUUAAUUUCUUUCUCAUUAUAUUCCUGGCUUGAAAAUGUAUACUGUUCCUGAUUAGGCAUAUACCGUGCCUGUUUGUUUCUCUGUCUCUUCAUAGGAUUAUUGAUAUCAAAGUUAAUGGAUGAUUAUUACCUAUAGUCAAUGCUACAAGUCUCAUGUUUUACUUUGCAUUCCCCCUUUCCUUGAUUAAAAUGGAUUAGUACAGUUCCUAAUGCCAAUACGAGUACAAAAAUUAGUAAGUUAGGUGGCCUUGUAGUAUGAUGGAAAUUGUGAAUCCAAGGUGAUUUAUCGAUGUAUAAAAUAUUGCUUAUAUUAAUUGGCUAAUUGGACACGGAAGCAAUAUCGGUUAAAGGGUCCUUCACUCAAUAAAACUGUGGCCAUGCCGAAAGCACCUCUUAACCGUUCAGGAAGAGACAUUGUUAGUGCUAUAAUGAAUCUUUGAACGUUCACCAAUUCAACCCUCCAUUAUCCCUAUCUCAAUUUGAAUCCAAAUCAAUUUUUAUUAUAUAUUAUUACCGAUGACAAAUCAAAAUUCCUUUGUGGCAUUGAUAUUUGUAACAUCAUUAUUAUUAUGUGUAGCUGGCCAGACAAACGAGUUGGAAGCUGUCAUGAGAUCCCUUGGCGCUUUGGAACAAGUUGCUCUAGAUGCCAUUAACAUAACCAUUAUGGAGGUUAGUAAGGCUAAAGCUUUUGUGGAUUCGAUCCCCAAACUAAAAAGCUUACGAAAUGUCAAAGGUGACGAAGUUCAUCUGUGUAUGGGAGGCUUAAUUAAUGCCAUGAGCAAUGUUCUAAGUGAACUGCAAAAAAUGGAACAACUUGAAUUAUGGGGCAUCAAGUACUUAGAAAAUAAUGUGAUUGACGUUUUGAGCUUCAAAGCUAUGUGCGACCGUGCGUUGGGAGAUGUUGAUGAAACCAUCAAAAUCAUGGUCCAUCGUAAGUUGUAAGACAUUGUGCUCCUUACGAAUGAUGUGAUAUUUCGUAUUGCUAAGUUUGAAUUGGAUGGCAAUGUUACAAGGAAACCUGAAGAUAUACUAACAAAGACAUUGGUAUGUAUGCAUGAACUGAAGAAUAGUAUCGCACUUGUUCAUUGCAUUAUGCUUGUGAAAUUAAUAAACGAUCCCAAGUUAGUUUGAAGUGUAGAGAUUGGUUGUGCUUAGAAUCACUGCAUACACAAAGCAAAAUAAAUAAAUGAAAUUGUGAGUUUCUCU